AUGCUGAUGAAGGGACCAGAUCUGCUCGUGCCACUGGUGUCGGUGAUCUGUGGGUUCCGCGAACGACGGGUUGCUUUCGGCGGGGACAUCCGUGAGAUGUACCACCAGCUGAAGAUUAUCUCCGGGGACAAGCAAGCUCAACGCUUCCUCUUCCGGGACAACAUCAAAGAAGAGCCGAAAGUGUACGUGAUGGACGUCGCUACAUUCGGGUCGAAGAGUUCACCGGCGUCGGCGCAGUACGUGAAGAAUCGCAAUGCGGAAGAGCAUGCUGGUCAGUAUCCGGACGCUGUGGCAGCGAUCAUCAAUCGGCACUACGUCGAUGACUACUUUGACAGCGUCGACACCGUUGAGGAAGCUGUCAAGCGAGCGAAGCAGGUGAGCCACGUCCACAAAAAAGGUGGCUUCGAGAUCCGCAACUGGGUGUCCAACUCGCCGGAAGUGCUGACUGCUCUGGGCGAAGAGAAGCCGAUGAGUCCUGUGCUGCUGAACCAGGACAAGCAAACACCCAGCGAGCGCGUACUUGGCGUGCGGUGGGACCCGGAGCUGGACGAAUUCGCCUUCGCCGUGAUGCACCGCGAAGAACUGAUGAAGUACCUGAAAGAGGGGAAAAGACCAACUAAACGGAUCGUACUGAGCUGCGUGAUGGGAUUUUUCGAUCCGCUCGGCCUGCUGUCGCCAUUCACAAUCCACGGGAAGAUCAUCAUCCAACAUUUGUGGCGGACCGGCUGCAGAUGGGACCAAGACAUCGACGACGAAGCCUGGAUUCUGUGGAAGCGGUGGACGGCACUGCUGCCGGAAGUCGAAGCACUUCGGUUUCCCCGGAGCUACUUCGGCGAUGCGAUGUCCACGUCGGUCGAGAGUCUCGAGCUGCACAUCUUCAGUGACGCGAGCGAGCUGGCGUACGGUUGUGCGGCGUAUCUACGCGCGGUCAUCGACGGUCAAGUUCACUGCAGUCUCGUCAUGGCGCGAUCGAAGGUGGCACCGCUGAAACGACAAUCGAUUCCACGACUGGAGUUGAUGGCGGCGUGCAUGGGAGCGCGCAUGAGCCAGCAGAUCCUCGGAACUCACACGCUGCAGAUCGACCGUACCGUUUUCUGGACCGACUCGAGGACCGUCCUUGCGUGGCUGCACGCAGAUCCCUACAAGUACAAGCAGUUCGUCGCCUUUCGGGUCGGGGAGAUUCUGGAGCUGACGAGACUGGACGAUUGGAGAUGGGUGCCUUCCAAGAAGAACAUCGCGGACGUUCUCACAAAGUGGGGACCUGGACCGCCACUGCAGAACGAUUCGGAAUGGCGGAACGGUCCGGCGAUACUGUUCGAGCAGGAUGACGACUCACCACCUGAGCAGAUCGAGGAGACGAACGAAGACGCACGAGGCUUGGUACUGUUCCACGGGACAGUCAACGUAGAAGCGGUCUCGACGUGGACAAAGCUGGUGAGGGUGACUGCAACGGCGGUACGCUUCAUCGAAAAUUGUCGUCGCAGAAAAGACGGCCGUCCGGUACUGACUGCAAAGGCCACGAGUCGCCUAGCCAAGCUGGUUAAAGCGCAGCACGAGACGGAGGUCCAACCGCUGCAACAAGACGAGCUGCAGAAGGCCGAGAGGAUUCUGUGGAAGCAAGCGCAGUUCGAGAGCUUCCCCGACGAGAUGAGCGUGCUGACGAAGAACCUACAACUGAAGCAGGGUGAGUUGCCAGAGAAGAUCGAGCGGUCAAGUCCGCUCUACAAGCUGCUGCCGGUGCUCGACGAGGAUGGGGUUCUGCGCGUUCGUGGGAGGCUGGAGAAGAACGAAUCGAUCCCGUUCGACAAGCGAUUCCCGAUCAUCCUGGGUCGAAAACACGCCGUCACCAAGAAGAUCAUCCAGCACUACCACGAGAAGUACGGUCACGCGAAUCGGGAGACCGUGUUCAACGAGCUGCGCCAGAAGUUCUGGAUUCCAAACGCACGGGCCGCGAUCCUGGAGGUCGUCAAGGAGUGUGUGUGGUGCAAGGUGAACCGUUGCGUGCCGUUCGUGCCAACAAUGGCGCCGCUUCCGGUCGAACGCACUGCAGCAACCAUGCGACCGUUCAGCGCGGUAGGCGUCGAUUACUUGGGACCGGUCGAAGUCACGGUGGGGCGCCGCAGAGAGAAACGCUGGAUCGCAGUCUUCACGUGCUUAGCGGUCAGGGCGGUGCAUCUCGAAGUGGUCCAUAGCCUCACCACGCAAUCGUGCCUGAUGGCCCUCCGGAGGUUCGCGUGCAAACGCGGCGUUCCCGAGAAAGUGUUCUCCGACAACGCUACGUGCUUUCGGGGAGCGGACGCGGCGAUGACGAAGGAGAUCAACAAGGAGUGCGCGGAGCAGAUGACGUCGCCGACCACUUCAUGGUCCUUUAUCCCACCUGGGACGCCCCACAUGGGCGGGGCCUGGGAACGGAUGGUGCGAUCGGUGAAGGAGGCGUUGCGCGCACUUGACGACGGACGAAAGCUGACCGACGAAAUUCUCUCGACAUCUUUGGCCGAGGCCGAAGACAUGAUCAACACUCGGCCGUUGACGUACGUCCCUCAAGAUUCCGCUGAAGAAGAAGCCAUCACGCCAAACCACUUCCUGCGCGGGACGGUAACGAGCGCGGACCUCAAAGUGGACGAGACGGUGGACACCGCUGCUGCACUGCGAGAUGUCUACAAGCGGAGUCAGCAGCUGGCGGGCAAGAUGUGGGAGCGGUGGUCGAAGGAGUACCUGCCCUCGCUGAACCGGCGUCCAAAGUGGUUCGAGGAUCGGAAGCCCCUCAAGGCGGGUGACUUGGUGUUCGUGGUUGACGGCAAGAACCGGAAGAGCUGGGUACGAGGUCGAGUGGAGGAGGUCUUCAAGGGGUCGGACGGACGAGUUCGGCAAGCGGACGUGAGGAGUGCGGACGGGAAGGUCAACAGGAGAGCCGUGGCGAACUUAGCGGUGUUGGAGAUAAUGGACGGUAAAUCCGACGUGCCGGAAUACCCGACGGAUGUUACGGGCUGGGGUGUUGCGACCGCCAAGAUGGGAACACUGCCAUGCGGUGUGACGGCGACGGUGCAAUCGUCCGACACCGUCUUGGCUGUCAACACACGCGAAAAGGAGGAGCAAGCAAAAACAAAGUGUGUGUGUGACACCCAGCUUCAAGACACACGUUGCAAGUCACCAUUUGCGAAGAGUAAGGGAAUUUAGUGCGGGAUAUUUUCUUUCGGUUAGUUGCGCGGAAAAAAGUAUAUUUCGUUGUGAAAGUAGUUUGAAUUUAUUGAAAACUCCAAUUUACACACCUGAUAUAUCAAGCAAUCGUCCAAUCGUUGCUACCGUAGCUAGACGCUAACUUGAUUUCUGCUGCUAAAACUUUACGCACCUGGAUCUCCACUAGAAUCGCACCGUCACUUGGUACAGCUUUGUACCGGAUCGAUCAAGCGUAAGUUUUAACCUAAAAAGAAGAAAACAAA